CCAGUGUAAAAUGUAUGUCAGGGCAGCAAGUACCGUUAAUCCCAAUGGCACCACAAACCCUGGAAAGACUCUUUGACAAACUUGGCCACUUUGGAAGAUUCCAAGCUGCCGUUUAUUUUGUGGCCAACUUUCAAACUAUAGCCUGCGGGAUCCACUAUUUGGCCUCAGUUUUUCUCGCUGUAACACCGCAGCACCUAUGCAAGCUGCCUGGAAAUGUGACCGAUAUCCUGAUUUCCAACACCACAGCCAGCCCAGAGAAGCUGUGGGACUUGUGGACCCCAGAGUCGAGGGGCAUCAUUGCUCAGCUGGAUAAUGGAGAGAUCUGGGAGACUGAGCAGUGCAGCCGCUUUCGAAGGAUUGGAGCCUCUGAGUUGGUGAAUGAGUUUCAAGGAAACAGGACCCGUCAUUCCUGUUCUGAUGGUUUUGUAUAUGAUCAGACCCACAUGGAAAAUAGCAUUGUGACUGAAUGGGACUUGGUCUGUGACAAGGAAUGGUUAGCAAAGCUCACCCAGCCCAUCUUCAUGAUUGGAGUCCUGCUAGGGGCUGUGAUAUUUGGGGACAUUGCAGACAGAAUUGGUCGACGCUCUAUACUAUGGUUUACAAGCACAGCUCAGUUUGUGUUUGGAGUAGCUGUUGCGUUCACCUCGGAUUACUACAGCUUCAUCAUUGUCCGUUUCCUCCUGGCCUUGGUUUCUAGUGGCUACCUGGUGGUAGUUUUUGUCUAUGUGACAGAAUAUACUGGACUGAAGGCUCGCACUUGGGCAUCUAUGCAUGUCCAUGCCUACUUUGCUGCUGGCAUUAUGGUAGUAGCCCUGGUUGGAUACUUAGUUCGGGCCUGGAGGUAUUACCAGCUUGUACUAUCACUUGUGACCAUUCCUUUUAUCUUCUGUUGCUGGCUGUUACCUGAGACCCCUUGGUGGCUUCUGGCCAAAGGGCGUCACGAAGAAGUCCAGAAAUUGAUGGCCACGAUUGCCCGGUGGAAUAAGGUUGACAUCUCUUGUCAGCUAUCCCUGGCUCAGAUGAAUAGUUCUGAGAAUGCAAUGGACAAGGAGAUAACAAAGGAGGAAACAGUGACCAAAGAAGAGAAAAUCAGUAUCGUAGAUCUUUUCCGCGACUGGAAUAUGGCCAAGAGGACUAUCACUAUUUGGCUGGUGUGGUUCACUGGGAGCCUAGGCUAUUACGUUAGCUCUUUGGGUUCUGUCAGUCUGGGAGGAAAUGAAUAUCUGAACUUGUUCCUAGCAGGCGCAGUGGAGCUUCCUUCCUAUAUUAUUGCUUGCUUUGUGAUGGACAAAUUGGGAAGAAGAAAUACAUUAGCACCAUCCCUGUUCUUGACCGGCCUGGCUUGUUUUCUCAGCAUGGUGGUUCCUCAGGACAUUGAGGCUCUGUCUAUCACUCUGAGCAUGAUUGGAAAGUUUGCCAUAGCUCUGGCAUUUGGGCUGAUUUAUCUGUACACCGCGGAACUGUAUCCUACUAUAAUACGUUCUUUGGCUGUGGGCAGUGGAAGUAUGAUGGCCCGUGUUGGAAGCACAGUGGCUCCUUUCUGCGUUCUCUUGUCUGCAGUAUGGAUCUUCCUACCACAGCUCAUUGUCGGAGUCAUGGCCUUUGUGACUGGCUUGUUAACAUUGAUGCUCCCGGAGACCCUUGGCAAGCCCUUGACACAGACCUUCCAGGAAGCUACAGAAUUGCAAGCAAAGGUCAAAUUAGCCAAAAUCAAAGGAGCCUCCCAGGCAGAGGCAGGAUGUAGCAAUGCAUCAGUGGCAACGCUAGAAAAACAAAGCUAUCCUAUUGAUGGGGCAGAGAAAUUGAAGGAACAACAGCAGCUCAUCGAACAUUUAACAAAGUUAUAGAUGCUCAAACAUUUAUUCAUAGCAUAGGCUCUGAAACAGGAGAUUUACAGUAUCUGUGGACUGGUUAGGUGCCAGUCCUUUAAAUCUGUUUACUAAUACAACUUUAAGAGAGGUUUAGAAAUAUGAGAAAAUCUAAAAAAAAUCCUGAAAUGAAGUUUUUUGGUUUUCCUGCUCUAGAUGGAAGUUAGUUAUCCCAGUAGUCUGCAAACUAGAUAUCUCACAUGAAUUGUGGUCCAUGCUGACUUACAUCUACUGGAAUGUAACUACAAAAUGAAUAUUGAUUGAUAACAGACUGAUAACAGCCUACAGUAGGCUGCAUUUAAUAUUCUUAGGAACUCUCUUUUCUAGUGAAUAAUUACUCCUGGAUUCUGAUCCACUGAAAUUGUAAGAAUAUGUAAUUUUUACGGUUUUCUAGGGCUGGAUGCUGAAAGCUUUUUUUGAGGGAGAGGUAUUCAGAUUUACAAGAAACAAAGACCAAUAUUUGUAUUAAUUGUUCUCAACCAAAAGUCAAACAAGCUGAUUCUGUUAACGGCAACUGCAAUUUGAACAAUACUGGAUCACCUAUAAGAAACAUUGAACAUAUACUUUAUAUUUUACUGCUACCUGUCUCAUAAUUGCUAGCUAUCCCAACUGUACUUCGGAUUAUUUUAAGAAAUCAUUUCAUAAAAAUCGCUCACAGAUCACACACUACCUGUAGCCAAGAGGUCACCACUACUGCCUCGGAACAGCAUGACUUCUGAUUUCUGUUCCUCACUCUACGAAAACAUCUGGUCUGUUCAUGGCAUCGACCCAAAGUGAUAUAGCUCAGAAUCAACACUCUCCAGAGUGAGGAAUUGAACUGAUAUCCUCACACUAUGUGGUGCAACAUAUACAUACAUAUAGAAUCAUUUUGAACUUGCAUUCAUAACAAUUAUUUUAACUAUCGACAAUACAAAAAAUAUUUUGUGCCAAACACUAAAAGUAUUUAAACUGUAUAAUAAUAUGUCAGACAAUGGGUUAGAGUAACCAUUUGAAAUUUGACCUCCACUAAAUAUUUUUUCCAAUCUUUUUUGCUUUUCUCUCCCUCCUCUCACUUAUUAAUGAUUCCAAAUGGGGUUUCCCCCCAGUAACCAGAAUGGCAUCACUCAUGGCUUGAUGGCCAACAGGAAUUCUGCUCCAAAAGCCGGCCACAUAAGAGGGGAAUUCCUGUGCGUUAGCGUAACGUGCUUAUGGCUUCUCUAUGAAGAAAUCCUACUAGAAAUGGCCACAUGUAAGAUCCCUAAGAUUGGUAAGCUACCAGUCAGGGAAGUCUGGAUGGAAAUCUAGUCAUCUUUGAGAAUCUAAUGUUGUAACUUACCCCUCGUGUUCUACAUGUGGACCCGUUAAGUCCCGAGGAAGCAUGUAUUUGAACUCACGUCUAUAUUUUUGGUUUAUGAAGAGAAUGCCAUUACUAUACCACCGUCUCAUUCACCUCAUUCCUCCCAGAUAGUAGUGCUUCGAUUUCGCAGAAGCUUCGGAGCAACACUGUUCAAGUCAUACAUCAGUUAACUCAUAGAUUUCUGUGACUGUUUCUCCUAUGUUUCAGAGUUCAGAUUAAAACACGAGUGUAACAAGGACAUAUAUCAAGCCUCCAAUAUUAUAGAAGAGUGGGUGAUAUGAUGUAGCAGUAUUAAAAGCUGGAUGGAUCACCUUGUAUUUCCAGGUUGCACAAUGCAGCUCAUUUGACAAAUGAUAAGUCAGUGCAAAUUUGGAUACAUUACAGUUAUGCAUAACCGGCGUCCAAGUGCAAUUGUUAUUUUCCAGAGCAUUGGUGCAAAUUGGUGCUAAAAUAAUUAAUAAUAAUAACCCUUCCAUUUGAUGUCUUCGAGAUAUCUCAAAGCUCUAUACUGUAAAGCAAAUUGACUAUAUUUUGUGGAUGAAAUGCGGCAUUUCAUGGCAUUUCCAUGCAAGCUACACUUUCUAAUACCAUUCAUAUCUGCUGUGACAAUACUGUGACGAAAAUGACAAAAGAUGUGGAACAGUACUGUUACAGUACAAAAUCUUAUUUAGGUCCAAAUUAAAUUAAUUUUCAAAACUAACCUUUUUUUUCUUGCAUUGGGCAGGAAAAGUAUUCUCUGUCAAAUCCUAACUCAAUGUAAUACCAUUUCAUUUCAUUAAGGCCUUUUAUCACUUUGGAAGGAAUCAUUGACAUAAUAUUUCAGAUACUGUGGAAUAUUUUACUGAUUGUUUUGAAUAAAAUACUACAACAUAAAUGAAAA